UUCUGUAUCUCACGAGGAGAAAAAGCGGCAACCUAACGCUCGACGCCCUUGAUGCUGGCUCCAUAUCCUCCAACGGUAAACAAUUCCACACCCUCGUGCAAAGUUUGAGAGGCUCAGCACGGCUUGAGCUCUGCAGAUUGUAGUUGGAGCGUUCUUAGAAACCCACAGACACCCUCUCACACCUCUGUGCUGGACUAACGUUUGCUCUAGAGCAGCUGAGCUGGAGAAGCAACUGUAUUGAAAUAGACCAGAGAAGCUGUCCAUCUCCUAGCCUACAUUCUUGGGGGUGGGGAGAAAGCAGGACUGUUUGGCAUCAGUGGUGGUACUUGGAGCUUUAUUUUUACCCUCUACCACGACAGCUGUCUCCCUCCUCCUCCUCUCACAGGCGCUCCCCGGCCUAUCACUUUGCACCUCUCAGAACUGGGGCUGCCGGUAAGUGUGACGUGGGUCCUGUGGUUCUCAGGGCCAUUUCUCUGUCUCGAACAAGCAUACACGGGUCUUGCUGCUUUCGGCCGACUCUACUAGGCUCUGACCUUGUUAACGGAGCAACACUCUCUGUUUGGAGCAACUGCAGAGGAUCUCAGAGCCAAGAACCUGCUCCUCUUUCCAGCAUUGUGGGUCUUGCUUACCUGAAGUUUGUGACCUCAUAACUUAACUGUGAAGACCAGCAUCCAUUGUGCCAGCCUCUUGUCUGCUGGUCUCUCCAUUUGUCACUCAUCUUUUCACCCCACACUCCCUCCCUCAUCUCUCUCAGUCUCCGCCCUCAAACCCUUACCCGGCCCAGCCCAUGACAGCAGCGUUGCCAGCAUGGCAUUCUCAUCACGCUUUUCUUUCUGGGAGCAAAAGAUUAAAGAAGAGAACAAGCCAAUCCCUAAGAGUUCAAAAGACAAUUCUGACAGCGAUGGUAGCCUGAGUAGCCGAUCCCAGUCAGUGCCAAGCCUGGAGCCUGGUAGAGGCCUGCUCCGUGCCAAGAGCCCUCAACCUGUUCUGGACAAUCCUGCUGAUGUUCCAUCCCAACCUCAACUCAGGGAACGGGUCAAGAGUCCAUCACCCAACAGAAACAAGAUGGCAACCAAAAGGUACUCUGAAAUUCCCAAGAUGCCAGAGCGUUUCAAAAGCCCUGAGCCUCCUCAAGCUCCACUGAGUCCUGAACCCAUUCUGAAUGGAGAUAGCAAAAUCAGUUGUACUCUCAAUGGCAAUUUCCAGACUGCUGUUAGUGCCAGCCAGCCAGAGCUCGCUGGGGACUUGCAGGGUGGAACCCGGAAGAAGGUGGUGAAGGUGGUGCGCAGAGUAGUGAGGAGGGUACUGCCUACAGAAGAAGACACGGCAACAUCUCCUGCAGCCAUGUCCCAUUACCCUCCUAAACUAGCUUUAGAACCAUCCAAACCUGAACCAGCAUCUGUACCUAAGGUUGUGAAGAUGCCAGUUUUUUCUUUCAGACAUGAUGCAAUUAAGAAAGAGGAAAAAGAUGAUCUCUCUGCUGGAUUGGCCAGUUUGAUGAACCGGGGCAGGACCAGGGAGCCUCGUCCACGCAUCCGCAAAGAUGGGUCUGCUGAAAAAGAGGAUGCAAAAACUGUAGAGAAUGUGAUUGAGAAAAUGCAAGAGAAGGAACCUUCUGGACCAGUAAAGGAUAAAAAUGUGCCGAAAGUACAGGCUAGCCAACCACCAAAACACGAGGAACAGACUUUAACAUCCACAACUACCUCAACUCCUUCCAAGCCUCCUCUUUCGCCACCUACAGGGUUAAUCCCUGCCUCCAAACCCUACUCACUCUCUUCCCCAACAGGAGUUGUCCUGGCACCAAAACCAUCUACACUUUCCCCACCACCAGGUUUUAUUCCUGCUCCAAAACCUUCUUCCAUGACUUCUGCUGGAUUUGUUCCAAAAGCUCCCACGAUUUCAUCACCUUCAGCUCAUAUUCCAGAUCCCAUAACGGUUCUUGUUACACCUACCAUCCCUAAAGCAGCUGCUACCUCUGCUUCUACUAAAUCCAAUACCAUUUGCCCCCUGGCCCCAAAGACAGACCCAUUUGCCCCUCCUUCAGGGUUCAUACCCACCCCUAAACAAAUGGCUAUGAAAAAACCAGAGGUGAAGGCAGCCAUACGUAUGCCACCAGCCCCAGCAGGGAGACCUUCUACUGGGAGCAUUUCUAAACCCACUGUGCCAACUAUGGCCAAAAAGGAGAGUCCACCACUGAGUCCCACUGAAGAGGCACAGAGACGGCUGGAGAGGAUUUUCGCUGCAUCUCUGGAACCUGUUGCCAGUGCCUCUUCGUCAUCUCAGGUACAGGGCCCCUCUGCACGCAUCUUUGGCCUGGCCGGAGUGUGCUCUCGUGUGGCCUGCUGGAGUGGACAGGUGGAGGAGGAUCCUGUGGCCAUCCUAAAGGCAGACCAUGCCGCUGCCGCCCUUCCUAAGGUGAAGACAGAGGAGCAGAUAGCUGCAGAGCAAGCAUGGUACGGCUCAGAGAAAGUGUGGCUGGUCCACAAGGAUGGAUUCUCUCUGGCCACUGUGAUGAAAACAGAGGCAGGCAGUCUACCAGAGGGGAAAGUGAAAAUCAAACUGGAGCAUGAUGGAACAAUACUGGACGUGGAUGAAGAUGACAUUGAGAAGGCAAACCCACCAUCAUUUGACCGCUGUGAGGACUUGGCGACUUUGCUCUACCUGAAUGAGUCUAGCGUCAUGCACUCACUGCGUCAGCGCUAUGGAGGAAACCUCAUCCAUACACACGCAGGGCCCAAUAUGGUUAUCAUCAACCCUAUCAGUGCCCCAUCCAUGUACUCCGAGAAGGUUAUGCAUAUGUUUAAAGGUUGUCGGCGGGAGGACACUGCUCCUCAUAUCUAUGCAGUGGCUCAGUCGGCCUACCGAAACCUUCUGACCACACGGCAGGACCAAUCCAUCGUACUGCUUGGAAAGAGUGGGAGUGGCAAGACCACGAACUGCCAGCAUUUAGUCCACUACUUGGUCUCCAUCGCCGGUAGCACCGGCAAAAUAUUUACUGCUGAGAAAUGGCAAGCGGUUUACACAAUCCUAGAGGCCUUCGGAAACAGCACCACUUCCAUGAACACCAAUGCUAGUCGGUUCUCCCAGAUUGUCUCUCUUGAUUUUGACCAAACUGGUCAGGUGGCCUCUGCCUCCAUCCAGACCAUGCUGCUAGAGAAGCUGAGGGUGGUGAAACGACCAGAGGCUGAGUCCACUUUCAAUGUCUUUUACUACAUGAUGGCUGGAGCAGACAGCACUCUCAGAACGGAGUUGCAUUUAAACCACUUCGCAGAAAACAGUGCUUUUGGGAUUGUACCUCAAUCUAAGCCUGAGGACAAGCAAAGGUCAUCGCAGCAGUUCACUAAAUUGCAGGCAGCCAUGAAGGUGCUGGGCAUCUCUUCUGAUGAGCAGAAAGCUCUGUGGCUCAUUCUUGGUGCCAUAUAUCAUCUCGGAGCUGCUGGGGCCACGAAAGCAGAGGCUGAUGAAGCGGGACGAAAGCAAUUUGCACGUCACGAGUGGGCCCAGAAGGCAGCUUACCUCUUGGGCUGCACCCUAGAAGAACUCUCCUCCUCUAUAUUCAAACACCAGCCCAAAGGAACCUUGCAGAGGUCAACCUCAUUCCGCCAGGGACCAGAUGAUGUUGGGACAGGGGACAACUCGGCUCCAAAGAUCACAGCUCUGGAGUGUUUGGAAGCCAUGGCUGCUGGGCUCUACUCUGAGAUAUUUACUCUGGUCAUCUCACUUGUUAACCGAGCUCUGAAGUCGAGUCAGCGUUCCCUUUGUUCUCUGCUUAUUGUGGACACACCGGGAUUCCAGAACCCAAAAUUAGCCAAGCGGGACCGUGGCGCCACCUUUGAGGAACUGUGCCACAACUACGCCCAGGAGCGGCUCCAAACGCUUUUCCAUGAACGCACAUUUGUACAGGAGAUGGAGCGCUAUAAAGAGGAGAACAUAGAGCUUGCAUUAGAUGACAUAGAUUCCAGUACAUCUCUGUCUGUAGCAGCUAUAGACCAAGCCUCAACUCAAGCAUGGGUACGAACCCUGGCUAGGACAGAUGAGGCAAGGGGGCUGCUGUGGUUGAUGGAGGAGGAAGCUUUACAGCCUGGGGGAUCAGAGGAAACUCUGCUGGAAAGACUGUUCAGUUAUUACAGCCCUGCUGAAGGAGAAAGCAAAGGUCCUGCCCUGCUACUUAAGAGUGAGAAGACGCAUCACUUCCUGUUGGGCCACAGCCAUGGCACUGACUGGGUGGAGUAUGAUGCUCGAGGCUGGCUGAGCCAUGCCAAACAAAACCCUGCCUCCCAGAAUGCGGCCAUUCUAUUGCAGGACUCCCAGAAGAAGAAUAUAAGUGGCUUGUUUAUGGGACGUUCAGGAGGGGCCACAGUUUUGUCAGGCUCUAUUGCUGGGCUUGAGGGGGGCUCGCAGCUGGCCCUACGCAGGGCCACAAGCAUGAGGAAGACCUUCACCACUGGCAUGGCUGCUGUCAAAAAGAAAUCUCUCUGCAUCCAGAUUAAACUGCAAGUGGAUGCACUUAUAGACACAGUGAGGCGUUCCAGGGUGCACUUUGUGCAUUGCCUGAUGCCUAAGGCGGAGGUUCUGACUGGGGAUGUGAAGGUGAAAACAGAGACCCAUGGAGAGAGCUGUGAUACAGGCCUCAUGCAGCUGGAUGUGUGCUUGCUCCGAGCACAGCUCCGUGGCUCCAAACUGCUCGACGCACUUCGAAUCUACCGCCAAGGUUAUCCUGAUAAUUUGGUAUUUUCUGAGUUCCGUCGUCGCUUUGAUGUGCUGACCCCCCACCUGACAAAGAAGCAUGGGCGGAACUACAUUGUAACUGAUGAGAGAAGGGCUGUCGAAGAGCUUCUGGAGUCUCUUGAGCUGGAAAAAAGCAGCUAUCACAUGGGCCUGAGCAGAGUGUUCUUCAGGGCAGGUGUUUUGGCUAAACUGGAGGAGCAGAGAGACAUCCAGACCAGACGCAACAUCACCCUGUUUCAGGCUGCGUGCAGGGGCUACCUAGCCCGACAGGCCUUCAAGAAGAGAAAGAUCCAGGACCUGGCCAUUCGCUGUAUUCAGAAAAACAUCAAGAAGAACCGCGGUGUGAAGGGUUGGCCGUGGUGGAAGCUCUUUACCACAGUGCGACCUCUCAUCGAGGUGCAGCUCACAGAGGAGCAGAUCCGUGGCAAAGACGAGGAAAUUCAGCAGCUCAAGUUAAGGCUGGAGAAAGUGGAGAAGGAGAGGAAUGAGUUAAGACUUAAUAGUGACCGUCUGGAAAGCAAGAUCACAGAAUUGUCGUCAGAGCUCGCCGAUGAGAGAAACACGGGCGAGUCUGCCUCCCAGCUGCUGGAGUCCGAGACCUCUGAGAGACUGAGACUAGAGAAAGAAAUGAAGGAUCUACAGACCAAGUUUGAUACUAUGAAAAAGCAGAUGGAGUCUAUGGAAAUGGAAGUAAUGGAAGCACGACUCAUACGUGCAUCAGAGCUCAAUGGAGAAAUGGAUGAUGAUGACACAGGUGGAGAAUGGAGACUCAAGUAUGAACGAGCCAUCAGAGAGAUCGAGUUCACUAAGAAGAGACUCCAACAAGAGUUUGAUGACAAACUAGAGGUGGAGCAGCAAAACAAGAGGCAGCUGGAGAGAAAGCUGACAGACCUGCAGGCGGACAGUGAGGAGGUGCAGCGUGUGGCGCAGCAGCUAAAGAAGAAAUGCCAGAGACUGACAGCAGAGCUGCAGGACACCAAACUGCACUUGGAGGGCCAGCAAAGCCGCAACCAUGACCUGGAGAAGAAACAACGCAAGUUUGACUUGGAGCAGACCCAGUCUCAGGAGGAGGUGCAGAGAGAGAAGAGUCAACGGGAUAAACUGAGCAGAGAGAAAGACAUGCUGACCGGGGAAGUGUUCUCCCUUCGACAACAACUGGAGGAUAAGGAUCUGGAGAUAUGUGCUGUCAAUCUAAAGCUGGAGCAGAUGGAGGCAGAGCUACAGGAUCUGAAUUCACAGGAGUCAAAGGACGAUGCCUCACUGGCCAAGGUUAAAAAGCAGAUUCGUGACCUUGAGGCAAAGGUCAAAGAUCAGGAGGAAGAGCUUGAUGAGCAGGCAGGCACCAUUCAGAUGCUGGAGCAGGCCAAGCUGCGUCUGGAGAUGGAGAUGGAGAGACUGAGACAGACACAUUCGAAAGAGAUCGAGAGUAAAGAUGACGAGGUGGAGGAGAUCAGACAGUCCUGCAGUAAGAAGCUCAAACAAAUAGAGGUGCAGCUGGAGGAGGAGUAUGAAGACAAGCAGAAGGUCUUGCGUGAGAGGAGAGAUCUGGAAGCAAAGCUAAUGAGUGCUCAGGAGCAGGUGAGCCAUAGAGAUGUGGAGACCGAGAAGCGUUUGAGGAAAGACCUGAAGCGCACGAAGGCCUUGUUGGCUGACGCUCAGAUCAUGCUGGAUCACCUGAAGAACAACGCUCCAAGCAAGAGAGAGAUCGCGCAGCUCAAAAACCAGCUUGAGGAGUCUGAGUUUACAUGUGCAGCUGCGGUCAAAGCCAGAAAGUCUAUGGAAGUGGAGAUCGAAGACCUCCAUGUCCAAAUGGAUGACAUUUCCAAAUCCAAGCAGGCGCUUGAGGAGCAGCUAAGUCGUUUGCAGAGGGAGAAAAAUGACCUGCAGUCUCGUAUGGAGGAGGACCAGGAGGACAUGAACGAACUCAUGAAGAAACACAAAGCCGCUGUUGCCCAGUCCUCACAGAACCUGGCCCAGAUCAGUGACCUGCAGGCCCAGCUGGAGGAGGCCAUGAAGGAAAAACAGGACGUGCAGGAGAAGCUCACAGCCCUGCAGAGUCAACUAGAGUUCCAAGAGCAGUCCAUGGUGGACAAGUCUCUGGUCAGCCGGCAGGAGGCCAAGAUCCGUGAACUGGAAACCAAGCUGGAGUUUGAGAAGACGCAGGUCAAACGCUUGGAGAGUCUUGUAGCAAGGCUAAAAGAGAACCUCGAGAAGUUAACAGAGGAACGAGAUCAACGCAGUGCCAGUGAAAACAGGGAAAAAGAGCAGAACAAGCGUCUCCUCAGGCAGAUCCGAGACAUUAAGGAGGAGAUAGCUGAGCUGGCCAAAAAGGAAGCAGAGGCAAGCCGCAAGAAACACGAACUGGAAAUGGAUAUCGAGAGUUUGGAAGCAGCCAACCAGAGUCUCCAGGCAGACCUCAAGUUAGCCUUCAAGAGGAUCGGAGACCUCCAGGCUGCUAUUGAGGAUGAGAUGGAGAGUGAUGAAAAUGAAGAUCUCAUCAACAGCGAGGGUGCCUCAGAUACUGAUUCUGAGGUGGAGGACCGUGUUGAUGGGGUGAAGUCAUGGCUGUCCAAAAACAAGGGCUCUGCCAAGAACCUGUCAGAUGACGGUAGCCUUAAGAGCUCAAGAUAUGCUGUAAAUGUUGACGGAAAAGAGGGAAAAGAGUGGGACGAGGGUAAAGAUAGGAAAGACAAUGGCAAAGGUAAAGAAUUAGAACCCAACAGGCCUGUGUCUGUCAUGAGUUCCCUCAGCUACAGAAAACGCUCCAACAUGAAGGACUCCAUAGGAGGUAAGGGAGACGAGAGUUCUCUCCUCAACACUCUAAAAGAACAAUCUGACUCCCAGGACAUCUCUUCCUUCCGGAAGAACAAAGCAAAGCAGGAAGCUGAGGAUGACUCCUACUCCAUCACAUCCUGGAGGAAGGCAGGAGAUGAUCUUGACGAUCGGGGCUCUGUUAUCUCUCAGGCCUAUUCAGAGGCUGCCAGUCGGGCCAGAAAGGGUAUGGACAGCCGUUGGUCUGACUUUGAUAAGGAGUCUGUUAUCUCCACUGUAGCCCCUAGCCGAGCUUCCACCCGUCGCUCUGUGAUGGACUUGGAUGACGAUGCUAUUUCCAGUGUGAGUCACAUAAGUCCGCUUAGCCAUCAUCGAAGCAUGUCUCGUCUCGACGACCGCCAGAGUGAAUACGGUUCAGCAAUCAGCCCCACCCUGAGCCGCCGCAGUCCAGGCAGUGUGAGCCGUGCCGACUCCCGCAUGUCCCUGUCUCGCAGCUGUCGCCUCAGUGAGUUUGACGUGGAUGAUGACACCCGAAGUGUGGCACUCAGCGAAGCUCGGUCCAGUGCUUACAGCCCUCACUCCACCUCUGGUCGUAGCUUCUCCAUGCCCCCGCAAGCCCGGACUACUGAUUCCAGCCCACCCAAUCUCUAUGAUGUCAAGCCAGUCAGUCACCGCAACUACCUGGACCCUGACCUGGAGGCUGCCAUCAAUGAAGUGCUGAGUUUCAAACCCAUCAAGUUUAAGCGCACCAGCUUGGAAGAUUCUGGAGCUGAGAAGGACAAGCAAGUUGAGGAGCAUGAUGAAAGGAAAAGUAUUAGCUCGAGGACCAGCAGAGACAGUGAUCGCUCCUCCAGCCUGCGUCGCUCUGCUUCAGCCGUGGACUACAAGCGUUCUAGCAGUAGCAUCAGCACACGUAGCAGCCGAAGCAAAAAGGGCAAAAGCAAGUCAAAGAAGAAGAAGAAAAGCCAUAGCUCUGAAUCAAACACAUCCAACAGCUCUGAUGAAGACCACAAAAAGAAGAGAUCCAAGAAGAAGGGCAAGAAGUCCAAGAAGUCCAAGAAAGAAUCUUCGUCAUCCUCCUCUGAUUCUGAGUCUAGCACAGAAUCAGACUCUAGUUCAGGAGCAUCCACUAUUUCCUACAGAAGCUGUAGUAGUGUCAAGAAAGCACCUAGAAAACAGGCCUCAGGAUCUGAAGGUGAAGAAGAGCCCGAAGGCCCCUCUGAAGGAGUUCCACCAUUGUCUAAGAAACAGCAGAAAAAUAGAAAAAAGAAAGUUGACAAUGUUAUGAUGAAGUAUUUGUACAGACCUGACAGUGACUAAAGAUGGCACCCACCCUCCAGUCGAAGACGCUUUUGCCUUGACAGAUCUGACGAGGAGGAAGAAGAAGAAGAAAUAGAGGAAGGGAACACGGGCCGAAGCUCCUACCGCUCCCGCUACAAACGCAGCAGUAGCAGCUACAUGAACAAC